AUGGACAUGUCAGGCAUGAGCAUGAGUACUUCCGCAGUCAUGGUCUCUACGACUACUUCAAUGAACGACAUGGCUGGUAUGACGUCUUCUGCUCCUAUGACAUCUGCAACAUCAUCGAUGGACAUGGACAUGGACAUGGGUAUGGGCGCAUGCAAGAUUUCUAUGAUGUGGAAUUGGAACACGAUUGAUGCUUGUUUCAUCUCUUCCAGCUGGCGCAUCACUUCUAAAGGCAUGUUCGCCGGCUCCUGUAUCGGUGUCAUCCUCCUCGUCAUGACCCUCGAACUGCUUCGUCGUUUGGCUCGCGAGCAUGACCGCAUGAUUCUCUCUCACCACCUCCGCGACAUCACCACCGACAUACCCGAGGAUUGCCCUUGCCCUACCACAGCGUCGACCAGUAAGGCUACCACCACCACUACCACCACUACUGCCUCUCCACUCCAAACGACAAAGAAGUCGAGAGCCUUCAAGCCUACACUACCUCAGCAGAUGGUGAGGGCUUUUUUGCAUUGUGCACAGUUUGCCGUUGCGUACUUCAUCAUGCUGCUGGCCAUGUACUACAAUGGAUAUAUCAUUAUUAGCAUCUUUAUUGGCGCAUAUCUUGGUUUUUUCUUCUUUGGCUGGGAGAAGAUUGAGCUGAACGGAGACAAGAGUCAUGACGAAGCCACUAUGUGCUGUGGUUGA